AUGGCACCCCUAACUCCUCAUUCCGUAGCUCUCAUAACUGCUUCCUCAGAGGGUCUUGGUGCUGCUACAGCUCGACUGUUCGCUUCCCGCGGCAUCCGCGUGAUCAUCAAUUAUUAUUCUAGCGCCGAGAAAGCCAAAAUGCUCGUAGAAGAAUUGGGAAAUAUCGGUUAUAUCAAAGACAAACUAGAUGGUGAUAAAAGGGUGAAAAGAGUUACGACUAUCAGAGCUGAUAUGUCGAAGAAAGAUGAGGUGGAGAGAUUAGUCAAGGAGAGUGUGGAGUGGGGUGGGAGGUUGGAUGUUGUCGUUUCAAACCAUGGAUGGACCCAAAUCCGCAAUUUCCAGGAUCUAGACGAUAAUGUAGUCGAAGAAGAUUGGGAUCGCUGUUUCAAUAUGAAUGUCAAGUCACAUUUAUGGCUUUUCCAUGCCGUGAAGCCGUUUUUAGAAAAGACGGAUGGAAGUUUUAUAUCUACUGCUAGUAUCGCGUCCUGGUGUAAACCGAGCGGAAGUUCUAUGGCAUAUUCAGUAACGAAAGCUGCUCAGAUCCAUCUUAUCAAGACAUUAGCUGUUACUUCAACCAUACGUGUGAAUUCCGUUUCGCCGGGAUUGAUGCUCACCGACUGGGGUCUCCAGUUCCCCGAAUCGAAAGUAGAAGGAGUGAAGAAGAAGAGUCCUCUAGGAAGACUUGCUACUGUUGAGGAGGUUGCUAGACAAAUAUACUGUUUAGCUGAGAGCGAAAGUACCACUGGUACAAAUUCUAUCAUUGAUGGGGGAAUUCAUUUGGGAAAAUAG